AGCUCUACUCUACGUCAUCGUUCACAGUCGAUUAAUUGCUGGAAAAAGAAUAAAAGGCCGAAUUAGCUUUUUAUAUUAAUUAUAAAGAAACAAUUUAGUAAAUUUAAAUAUUAUCGUGAAUGUCUGAUAGUUAGAACUGCCACACCUAUUUGUGUCUUCGCAUUAACAUACUAAGUAACACAAUUCGCGAUAGUAUAACAAAGACAACAACAACAGAAAGAAAAAAACCAAACACUGCCCCGAAUUCGUGAAUCACCAACGACGAAAUUAUGGAACCAGCACAGAUUACAGAUGCGGAAAAGGUUCGCAUUGUCUCCGACUUUAUACUACAUGCACCGCCUGGUGAAUUCAACGAGGUAUUCAACGAUGUCCGCGAAUUAUUGAAGAACGACGCUUUGCUUAAGGAUGGCGCCAGCCACGCCUUCUCGCAGUACAACAAAGACCAGUUGACUCCAGUGCGCGUUGAGGGCAGCGAACACAACGCCAUCAUCUCCGAAUACAACGAUUUGGGAAAUGGUCGCUUCUAUGAUCCUCGCACACAAAAAUCCUUCAAAUACGACCACCUACGGAAAGAGGCGUCCGACUACCAGGAUCUGGAGUCCGAUGCCAAUGCGGAGUCGUGGCGAGACGCCUUGGAUCUGGAAACACUUGCAUACACUGCCAACCACUACAGGCACGGCGUUAGCUCCGUGUUUGGUAAAUCGCAGGGCAAUCAGAUAACACUGACCAUUUGUAUUGAGGACCAUCAGUUUCAGCCGAAGAACUACUGGAAUGGCAGGUGGCGUUCGCAGUGGCACGUUACCUUCCAAGCGGGCAGCGGCACAGCGGAGCUGAAGGGCGUCUUGAAAGUGCAGGUCCACUAUUAUGAGGAUGGCAAUGUUCAGUUGGUGUCCUCAAAGGAUUGCCGAGAGAGCGUUGUUGUCUCGAAUGAACAGCAGUUGGCCAAGGAGGUCAUACGUCUCAUUGAGGAGGCCGAGAAUGAGUAUCAGCUUGCCAUCUCGGAGAACUAUCAGACUAUGUCGGACACUACGUUCAAAGCGAUGCGUCGACAACUGCCCAUAACCAGGACCAAGAUUGACUGGAGCAAAAUCGUAUCUUAUAGCAUUGGCAAAGAGCUGAAGACGCAAUAAGAACAGGAGCAGCAAGCGGAAGCCGAAGCCGAUGGCACGCCAGCAACAUCCCCAUUGCCAAUGGCAGUGCCGGCACAGUCGCAUAUUAAAAGACCCAACAGUCUUCCACUUCCACUUGCAAUGGUUGCCAAACGAGAACGAGAACGAGAAAAGUGAACGGAAACGGGAAUCGCGGCCAGAAUCAUACACUAUAUACGAUCGUUAAAUGUUGGCGCUUAUGUAAUAACUGUCUUUAAUUUGCUUAUCCCUUAUUCAAACAUACAUAUAUACACAUACAUACAUAUAUAUAUAUAUAUAUACAUACAAAAUGCAUAACUACAUCUCUUAUCUGCUAUCUUACCAUACAAGUGGAUAUACAUACUGAAUAUAUGUAUAUGGUCACAUAUAUAUAUAUAUAACUCAAUCCAACUUGGUUACAAUUCUUACAGUUACAGCUCCAGCUCCAAUUACAGUCACAAUUGCCACCAACAGUCGCCUUUAUCGUUUAACUGAAGCAUUAAGCGCGUGUUUUAAUUAAUAUUAAAUAGUAUGCAUGCACUUUCUAUAAUGUAUUAUAAAUUUAGAUGAGCAUCGGUCUCUCUUAAGUGACGGCACCUUGCAAACAGUAAAAGUAUAACAAUAACGAUAAAUACAAUUUAUAAAGUUUUUAU